ACGGGAGUGCACGGAGUACACAUUUUAUGCCACACGGAAUCAUACGGAAGAACCAAGAUCAUUCGACGAUGCCGACGAGUCUCGUUGGUGUACAUACAGUUUACCUGUUGAUAAUCGAGCCCCCGAACUAGAGUGAGAAAAUAGAAAUUCGCAACGUGAUUUUACGAGCGAUGCAUUCGCGGUGAAUCCCGUGCGAGAUAAAGCGCCCGUUUUCCGUUGGGACGGUCAACAUUUUCAUACAGAAGAAGCGCGAGCAAAUGAUAUGCGUUCCAAUUUCGCGUGUCGUGAAAAUUAGAAAACAGGCGCUGUCAUUGUUCUUGCAUGUAGCCCGAAUUGGGCUGCGAUGUUUCUCGGCUGUACGCGCGGAUUCUGAGAACUAUCGCGCUCGAUUCGGAAUUUUCGCAACGCGACAAAUUCCUUUGAAGACGGAAGCCAAUUUCUUUGAAGACGAUUGAAGAUGUAAUGUAAUUCUUUGCAUAUCCUUGUGAAAUUGGUUGUCCCUCUGUACUUUCUUUGCGAAGCGGCAAUUAAGAUCUUUUUGAGAGAGAGGAUGGCAAUUCGCAUUACAUUGGAAUGUGGACACACAUCAAUGUUACGUAUGCGCACCACUCCUGAAGGAUAUACACAUGAUUGGGAAAUCUUUGUGCGAGGAGUGGAUAAUGCGGAUAUACAUCAUUACAUUGAGAAAGUGGUAUUUAUUUUACACAAUACAUUUCGGAACCCUAAAAGGGUGUUAAAAGAACCACCAUUUGUGGUAAAAGAAUCGGGCUAUGCAGGUUUUAUAAUACCUAUUGAAAUUUAUCUGAAAAAUAAAGAUGAGCCCAAGAAGAUUCACAUACAGUAUGAUCUUAUUCUGCAGCCAAGUGGUCCACCUAUUAAUAAUGCCAUACGUCAUACAGAACUAAUUCAUAAUCCUUCUGAGGAAUUUAAAAAAAAACUAUUGAAAGGUGGAGCUGUUGUUGUAUCCAGUAGAGAUAGUUCACUAGAAAAGAGUGAUACGAAAACACCGACAAUGGUUGGCAAACCGAAAUUAAAUGGCAGCGAAAGCAAGAAAUAUCGCAUUACCGAGUCUAAAACUUCAAACUCGUUUCAAGAAUUAUUUGGGCCUCCUAUAAAGACAGCGCCUAUAAAAAUUUCACCAGACAGCAAGAAAUCAAGUCAAUCUGAUAAAAAUUCAGUUCCUAAACCUUCAACUAUUGUUGAAAAAUCUGACAAAUUAGAUAAAACAAUUAAAACAAAGGAAAGUCCUCAUAAAGAUAAAAAAGAUAAAGUAGAUGAGAAAAAGGACAAAAAAAGUAGAGACAGUUCUAAAGAUCGGCUCAAAAAUAAAGAAAAAUCUAAGAGACCUCCUAGUCCAGGGAAUAAAAGUCAUUUGAGCCCUGGGAAUAAGAAAUCAACAUCACCUGUUGUUACAAAGAAACCAUUAAGUCCUCUUCCAUCAUCUACAAAGAGAUCUUUGUCUCCUAAGCCAAAAGAAAAAGAGGUAAAGAAAAUUUUAUUGGAAAAAGAUAAAGAUAAUAAAGAGAAAGACAAGAUAAAAAAUAAUUCUAGGAGCGAUAUAGAUUCUAAAUCGGAGAAAAAGAAAGAUAAGAAAAAACAUAAAGAUGAUAGGGACAAGGAAAGAAAGGAUAAAUAUAAAGAAGCAGAAAAAGUUAAAGAUGUCAUGAAAAUGACCGAGAAAAAGACUGAAAAAACGGAUAAGGCGGAAAAAUCAGACAAGGAAAAACCUCAAGAAUACAAAUCGUCAAGAGAUGGCAGAAAAUCUCCAAAACCUGUGAAAGAAAAUAAUAAAGUGAAAGAUGAUAAAGCGAUAAAAGAAAAAUCAGAGAAAAGCGAGAAAUCUGAGAAAAUAAAAGAUGGCAAAAGUGAUAAAGAUAGACAAAAGCAUAAGCAUAAGAAGAGAGAUAAAAAGGAUAAAAGAGAUAGCAAAGAUAGGGAAAAGAAGGAGAAACGUGAAAGAAGCAAAGAUGGGAGCGAGAAACAAAAUAAUACGUCUUCUGCUUCGGUAGGGAACUCACUGUCCCUUUUAACUGAGGUUCCAGAAAGAGAUAGCAGCGAUUCGACACCUUCCGUAGAUGACGAUUCAUUACUUGAAAGUAAACCCAUGCUUAGUGUCAAGAAGGAUACAGAACAUGCAAUAAUACCUACGCCUGCAGAAACAGCAAAGCCAGUAUCUCCAGGUAUAUCAGUAGAUAUAAAAAAGGAAAAGAGUGAUCGUAGCAGAAAGGACAAAUCCAAAGGAAGCAGAGGCGAGGAAAGAGAAAAUCGAAAAAGAAAGAAGAGCAAAGAAGAUGAUGAGAUUCCAGCUAAACAUGAGAAAAGCAGGGGUCAUUCGACGUCUCCGCCUUUGGAACCAGUUUCGUCGAGUCAAUCUCCAGUCGCGAUGGACGUUGACUCUAUUCAUCAUUCAGAAAAGGAAUCAAAAGCAGUUAGAAAAGAGAAGGAUGAUCGUGUUGUUAAUUCGGUCGAUCAAGUGACAAAUGAUAAAGACAUGGAAAUCGAUGCUGAACAAGUGGCCCCAGAUUCCACAAACAGCACCGAUGCAGAGAUUAGUGAACCACCAGUGUUUUCAGAAGAUUAUGUAUCGCAAUUGAAGGAUUUGCAACAAAAAAUAAUGACGUUGCAGGAUAAUGAAGAGUUGCAGAGAGUUGUGCAAGUAAUUGCAGAGACUGGUCAAUAUGAAAUUACUAAGAAAACAUUUGAUUUUGAUUUAUGUGCAUUGGAUCGUAGAACUGUACAGCGUCUUCAAGAGUUUUUCUCUGCAUCGUGACCACCUGUAGUAUGAGGUAUGACACAUUAAUAUAUAUAUAUAUAUAUAUAUAUACACAUUCUUGUAAGAUCACACAUUAAGUCAUAUGAUUCUACAACAAAAUUUUUAGUGACAAAAAUAGUAAUGUAUAAAACCCCAGAAGAAUUUUCAAGUAUUUCCCUAUUAUUAUUGCAUUAAUUUAUAUGAAUUAGAAAUGUACCAUUUCUAAUGCGCUAACAUGCUGCAACAAAAGAAAUUUUCAUUGUAAUAAAUAUAAUGUAAUAAAAUAUAUAAUUUCUUUUUUACAUUCUUCAAGAAAAUUGUUAUUGAAAAAAUGCUUGAUUCACAGAAAUUUUGCCAUGAAAAUCUGCAAUAUAGUUUGUUGAAUAUAACUCACUGGUAUAUAUAUAAUGUAUAUCUAAAAAUACAUAUUUUUUAUUAUUAAAGCUAUUAAAACAAUUAACUUGAUCUUUCAAUUUCGUUCAAACAUAUCAAAAAUAAUAACACCCUUUUAAUGUUAAUAGUUAUUGACGUCCAAAUCUUUAUAUAAAAUAACAUUCUACUCCUUAUUUAUAUGGCAAGCAUGUAUAAAAGAUGCAGAUGAAGAUUUUGUUAUUUAGUGGAGUAUUUGUAUUGUUUUUCUGGGGUACUUUUAAAAGUGUCUUUAAAAUGCAUUUAUUAUAUUAUAUUGUGGACAACAACAACGUUGAUUUUAUAUAGCACUUGUAUCAUUGUUACACUGAGUGGCAUAAGAGAAAUUAUUUAUAAGCAUAUAAAUGUGCGUGAUUAAUCAUGUCUGCUUUGUAACAUAGACAUACGCGUUUUCCUUCUUUCUAUAAGUAAACGCCUUACUAUAGAUUUACUUAUUUAUAUUGAGACUACAUCUUAUUUAUUCAUACUUUUGUAGGGAUAUGUAUUACAGACUAAUUUUUAUGUUAAACACAGAGUGACAUUGUAAGGAUUCAUAAUAAUAUUUCCUAUAUUGUAAUAUAAAGCGUAUUAUGUAUUAUAUAAUGUAUAAGGAAAUGAAAAAGAGUUACAUGAUAACUCGUGUGAUGCUGCGAUAUCUUAUAAGAUAUUACAUCUUAAGAAAUUCUUUUUAUCUCAACGUAAUAUUUUCUCUACUCAAAGAGAGUUGUACUAUUAUAUAUGUGUAAAAGGGAUACAUCAUAUUGAAAAAGCGUAUUGCUGCUAAAUCAAUCUCGCUCUUUGUACUAUUAAUAGCUGAUCUGUAAUCUGUUUGAUUAUAAAUUCUGUACCUAAAUUAAUACAUAUUGCAAAUACAUGCAACAUAUGUAUAUCAUUAAUAUACACAUCAAUCUAUAUAUUUUCUCUUUCAUUAUUUCUUCGACUUUCAGUUUUUUCUUUGACUUGAAGUGAAUUUUGUAUUCUAGAUAAGAUUGGCUUAUGUAAUAAGACUGGCUUUUUUCUAUGACUUUAGCUUUUCUUUAAUGCGCAAGUUAUCUGAUUUUUGCAGCAUUGGAAAUGCGUGCAGUACAACGAUGUAAUCCUGUAUAAUAUUAGUCACUUGUAUAGACCAGUCAUGAUGUUAUGUGCAAUUGAUACAUCAAAUAGUCUAAUGUUUUGAUAAUGUUAAAAAAAAAUAAUUAAAUAACAAAGGGUGUACAUUAUACAUAAAUUAAGGCAAUAUAUGUGUGUGUAAUUUUUGCGGUGUGUUAUUCGUAAGAAUGGUUAAACGAAGCGCGUGAAAGAAAUAUCAUGUGGUUCAUAUUUCAAGAAGCAUGUCGUUAUCGAUCGAAGAAUCAAAUGUGUGUAUAUACGCAUGCCUAUCAGUUGAUGAAUACUCAAUGUUACACCGUUCUCGGCAUACAUUGUCAUUAGCACAGAUAAAUGAAUGAGUGAUCAUUUCAAGUGAUGCGGCAUUUUUGAAUCAUUUUUUUAUAUAUUUUAUUUUCUCUUUUUUUUUUUUUAACACGUUCACACGAACAUUUGUAUACAGAUUGGAAUAUUUCUAUUACUAUUGUAUUAUAUAUACAUUUUUUUUACUCGAUGAUAAAUAUCAAUAUGCAUAAAAGGCUUUUGAUAAGCUUUCGAUAAAGAGUAUCAAAAAAGCAGUAUUCUGUAUCUUUUUGAGAACUUUUAUGCAAAAAAACGCAUUGUCAUCAAUAUUCUAAAAAUUGUACAAAUUAUUUGAAAAAUAUGUUACCAUCACUUGAGAGAUAUUAUUACGAGAUGUCCAGAUGAAAAUGAUUACAUAUAUAUGUAUAUGCGAGUCAUAAAUUGCAAUGGAUGCGGCUUUGCCAUAUUGCCUGCUAAUAUAUAAAUUAGCUUAGAAAGCGCACAUAUUUACUACUAUAACAGAUUAUAUUGCAAAACAUCAUAGUUUAAUCAAUGACUGUUGUAUUUGAUCUGAAUUUGCUUUUCCUUUUUUAACACCACUUUGAAUCCUUACAUAAUUGGCGUUAAAAAGGUAUGUAAACAGUUUUUUAAACAUCUUGAUGAAUGUUUUAAUCGCGUAUAUUCUUUACGGCAAUACAUCAAAGCGCUUUCUUGGUGUAAUCAAAUGAUAACAAGAUAUUUUGUACAUCAUAAAAGAUAGAUAAAAUAAUAAGACUAGAUGUAAUUUUUAGACGCCUUUUUCAGAUGCGAUAGACGAAUUUUUUGUCAUAAUUUCGCGAACGAAAUUUUUUUAUAAAUGUCAAUAUAUCGAAUUGAGUUCAACUGAUCGAAGAAGUUUAUGGAAGUUAUAUUAUAACAUCCAUAUGGACAUUAUAUAUUUAGUCGGAAAUAACAUACAUAUAAUGAAAUUCGUAAAUAUAUGCGCGCAUAUAUUAUGCGCACAUUCUUAUCGUGGUGAUAUGAUAUUCAGUUCGCGUUGUUGCACGCGUGUUGUUCGCGUGGUUACAUAAUCUCUUCCUUUUUUCGUAAUUAUAAAUUCGUAUCACCUUUGUAUUCUUGUGGCAUCGUUAGCGCAUUAAAAAAUGCAAUCGUCUAUAAUCCAAAUUUUUUUAUUUCUCUCUCUUUCUCAUCUAGAUAAUACCUAUAUUACUAUAUGCAGAUUUCGCGCUCUGCAUAUAUCGUAAAAUGAACUGAGUAUCAUUUAACCGCACCAUAUUAGUUAUUGAAUGAAUAUAUGUAUCAUUGUUUUUACAAUUAUGUUCGAACAGUGCUACACGAUGUACAUUAAUAAUAAUAAUAAUAAUAAUAAUAAUAAUAAUAAUAAUAAUAGUACUGUGUCCGAGUUUACUCGAUCUAAUCGUUAUGGCAUAAUAUUUAAUUGCAUAUGCAUAGUCAUUAAAAUCAUUGUUAUGCGUUUUUGUAAGAAUUUCUAGAUCAAUGUUGUAUAAAAUUCAUAGGUGCACAAAAAUUAUACGUUCUCAUGAUUCUCAUUUAUAUGUACAUAAUAAACAAGGUAGACGAUAGCAUGCAGAAUAAAAAAAUGUGGUCGAUGACUUUGGAAAAUAUAGUACAAGACGCGCGAAACUAUUGGAUUUAUAUGCCAUUAAAACACGAUAUACGUUCUAUGUACAUUUAUUAAAUAAUUAAAAAAUAAUAAACGUCAUGAGAGAAAACAA